AUGAAGAAUCUAUAUUCUAUAGUUGGGGUGGAUGAAAACGCAACAGCCGAAGAAAUUAAAAAAUCGUAUAAAAAACUGGCCAAGAAAUUACAUCCAGAUAAAAACAAAAGCGAAGAUGCCGAAGAAAAGUUUAAAGAACUUUCCAAAGCUUACGAAGUUCUAAAGAAUAAAGAGAGCCGGCAAGAUUAUGAUUUCCAGCGAAAGUACUGUCAGAAAGGAGACGAAAGUAAGCGGUUUCAAACGAAGACUACAUACGACCCUCGUUCGAGAACAAGGACUUUUAGGUUCUACGAUUCACCGGAUCAGGAUAAGAGCUAUGAAAAUAAAACCAACGACAACAAUUUCAGUGAUCAGAUGCACAAACUUUUUGUCACAGGGAUGGAAAAUGCACGACAUAAAAUGUUUGUACACAUUGACUUUUAUAAGGAAUCAGACCGAGAUAGCUGUUCAAGAGAAGAUGACUCAGGAAGCAACAAUGACACUUUCUCUAAUUCUAAACCAACUUACACCAAUGGAUAUUCCCCUGAAUUUCCUAAAUUCUUCGAAACAUUUGAAUCCAUUGUUAAUAACAACAUGAAGUAUAUGCAUAAACACUUCUUCAAUUCUGAUUCUGCACAGAACAACUUACAUUCUGACUAUUUUCCAUCAUCUUCAAGAAGUUUUGCUGAAGAACCUCCACCCCAAAGGUCAGAACUGUUUUCAUGUGCAUUUUGUGGGCUGGGUUUUAACCUCGAGGAAAUGAGAAUUCAUGAACGGAGAUGUAUGAAAACCAGAACCCACAGGAAAUCCUCAGAUCCCUUUAGAAAAGCCUUUACAGCUGAAACUUAUACUGAAGAUAAAAAAACUAACCUCUUUUUCAAAACUUCUUCAAAUGAAUCAGAAUUCAGUACUUGUGCCUGCCCUAAAAAUGCAAGCAUGAAAAAGAUUCACUUGCCCACCUGUAGCGAAUAUAAGUAUUCAUCAUCACCUUUUAACCUCCGUCAGAACGAUGGGUCUAUUUUUCCUUCAAAAUCUGAGUGGACCCCACCUGUAUACACAACUUCAUCAAGUUUUGAAACUGUUGAUGUCCUUCCUAACACUUACUACCCAAUCAGAAAGUGUCUUUACCCUGGCACAGUACGAUGGCUGUAGUUAAAUCCGAACUUACUACCUUUGUGCUGUCAGUAGUCAAGUAUCUUAACCUCAUCCACACAUGCACACAUGCACGUGAGCACACACAUGAAUACAUGCACAUACAUACACACAUACAUAUAUAUCCACACAUCAUAACUUCACACAUCCUCAAAUCAUAACCAAACGCAUACGCACCCACAU